AUGGACCAAGAUUAUUAUUCUACUUUGUAUAAAUGGUUCGAAAAAUGUGGAAUAAUAUCGAACGUAAGAACGCACCUUCGUCAGAACUUGAUAUAUGCGUUAAAAAAUAAAGAUAUUGUUCUCAAAAACAGUGGUCCUAAAUCUGCAAAACAGUAUGUUUAUGAUUUAUUAAUAGCAGAGUAUUUGUUUAAUCAUAAUUACGCUUAUACCUUAUCAGUAUUUGCCAGUGAAGCACCACUAUUAAUAGAUUUUUCUAAUAAGACAGUUCAAAGGUCUGAUGGCAGUGAGAAGGAUCAUAAUGAAAAAUUACAAAGUGAUUAUGUACUGCAUGCUUUGGAAACAUUAGGUAUCAAUCCCCAUGAUAGCAAAGGACAAUAUGUUAUAUCACAAUAUGUUGAAAAUGAUAUGCCACUCCUUUUGUGUAUUUUGAAAUGCAUAACAAUGUUCUCUUACAAUGUACAUAAUGACAUACCAAUUAAAGAAAAUGUAUCUCUUUGUAAUGAAUCUACUCAAACUGAAUUUUCCUGGCAAUCCCACAAUUUGCAUGUACAGAAAUUAGUUACACUGAAAAGAAAAAUAUCUGUGCACAAACAAAUGAUUGAAGAUAAAUUAAGAGAAAGGGAAAUGAUGUUAAAGGAACAAGCAGUGCUCAUUGAAGAACAACUUGAAGUAUUAAAUGCAAAAUUACAACAGAUUCAGAAUGUUAUGCGAGCUAUGAGUUUAAAACAAAAACAAUUGAGAGAAGAAAAACAGAAUAGUGAACAGCAAAUUUUACAAAAAGAGAUGGAAUUAACAUUGAAAGAAAGAUUAUUGAUACAAGAAGCAGAUAGAUUGCAAAGGGCCCAAGAUAAUUAUAAAAAAUUGGAAGAGGACCUUAAAAAAAUUCACGAACAAAAAGAGAUACCACCUUCAACAGAAAUAUCUAGCCAGUCUUUAAGAAAUAUUGAAGUGCAAACAGACAUUAUACACGACAUACUGCAAAAAGAUAAAAUUGACGUUCUAAUUAAAGAAAAAGAAGAAUUAACUGCUCUUAUACAGGCUCAAAAAUUAAGAAUAGAACAAAUAACACAACGCGCUGUGCAAUUAUCUCGACAAGUAGAAGGGAUACGUUCAUUGAGACCGACUAGCGUGGAAGUUCCCACGCAAACUAUUAAUGCAAAUACUAUUAUCAGUGAAAGCAGUUCAACAGAAGAUAUUCUUCAAGAUGCAAGGUUAAGGCUGAAACGUUUAGAGGAAGAAAGUUUAAAAGCAGAUCAGUAUUACUACAACUUCAUCAAUAAUUCGCCAUGA